UGCAAAGGAAAAAUUAUUUAUCCCCCAAUCGUGCGAAAAUCGGAAAAUUCAAGUGCCCAGAACGCGUGCAUUCAAUGAAAGUGACCGACGGAAGUGCACAGCAGAUCGCGACAAAUGUGUAAAAGUCUCUUAAACGGUGGCAAAGACGAGUAAAAGAAAAAAUUUACGCUCACUCAAGAGUUUUUAGCAGCACCGAGAGAAAAAUAAUCAAGAAAAAAAAAUUUUUUUUUUCACGAGCAAAUUAACUUAAGGAAAUCUCGAGGAUGCCGCAAAAUCGAUUAGCUUAAUUGCUUUCCUCAAAACGCAAAAAUUAAUAUUUCCGCCAAGAAAAGAUACAGAAAAUCGAUCGCGAUGUAAAUUACUCAUCUCACUCGUAAUUUUUAAACGUUAAGGAACUCAAAAAAAAACUGCCGGUUCGAAAAAAAUCGAAUUUGUUGAACAAAAAAAAAAUUGAAACUUGAUCUAGUCAUCUUAAAAAAAAAACAAAAAAAAAGUAGUUGACAAGGUUCCCUUGCAAUCCAUCAAAAUACACAAAAAUCAGCAACCAUUAAGCCGCGGUGCGUUACUCUUGCGGUACAGUCGAAAGUAUUACAGUCAGAAGCGACAUCGGAGAAAAAUGCCCAUCAACAAUGGCGGGAAUGGCGAAAUGUUGAGUGCGAUCGAGGAGAUGUCCGACAUCUACGAUGCCUUUGCGCCGCACGUUGAUACAUCGAAGAUAGCGUCGUUGGGUGCCGAAGCGCUUGGCGCAGCAACAAAUGCCUCGGCAAUUACGUCGCCAUCGAAGAAAAUCCAUCUGAAGACGUUUCUCGAGGUGCAACAGACGCUGCAGCAGGGCAAGAAACGCGACGUUAAAAUUAUCAUUCGCGAAAAUAAUUGGCCGAUAAAUUCCUCGAUACGAUCUCAGUUGUGGCCGAUUUUGUGUGCGCAGCAUCAGGUUGGCAAAAGUAUGCUCGAUGGGUUUUAUUGGGAUAUGGUUAAUCAGGUCUUCGGUACCACAGAACUUCCAGAAAAGCCAAUAAUGUUGCCGCCAUUUGUCGAUUCGACGCAUUGUCUCCCGUAUUUCCUCAACAAGAAAGGACGCGCGGUGGCUGAUCGCGUUGUUAGUGUACUCGGCUAUGCAUGUCCCGACAUCACGUACAGUCCAUCGCUGUAUCCCAUAACGGCGAUUUUAUUGCAUUACAUGUCAGAGGAAGAGUGUUAUCAUUGUCUAGCCAGUUUAGUAGCAGCUAAAGAAAAAGUAUUCAUCACACAGACAAAAUUACUGUUUGAAGUAACAUGGAAGACUGUUAUGCAAAUAUCAAAGAAACAUGCAAAACCCGCCAUAAUGUAUUUGUCCCGACUGUGUACGGGCCAGAAAUUCGAGCGUCUCUUUACCGAUUGGAUGUGGUGGAUUUUGAGUAGUUUACCGUUUCCCCAUCUAGUCAGAGUCAUGGAUUGCUUCCUGCACGAAGGCAUCAAAGUGUUUUAUCGUGUAGCGCUCGCGAUUCUCAUUCUCUUCAACAAGCAUUCGUCUGCGGCGACAAAUAGCACGGCGGAAUGGAGCACGGACUCUGUGAAAAAUGACAUUGACAAUGCCAUACCGAAAUUCUGCAAAAAUAUCCCAGUUACGCCGACGAAGCUGCUGCGAACCGCUUUUAGCAUACGAAAUUUAAGUUCAUCAUAUAUUUCACGAGUGUUCAUUAAGACUGAAAUGUUAUUGAAAAGUAAAUCAGUUCUCGGGGGUCCCAAGCAAUUAGUUCGAUCGCGUUCUAGUGAUAAUUUGCCCACAAGUCAAUCCCAACUUAACAUACAAAUGAUGUCGCACACAUUAACGAUAAGAGAGCUCUUCACACUUUGGUCUUGGCUACCCGUGCGGAUAACGAUGUAUCAGCCAGUCCUGUUAUACACAACGGAGGAGCAUGGAUGUUCCUUAACGACGUUCUAUGUACGCGUAGAACAACACGAACCAACGUUACUUAUGAUUAAAACGUGCAAUAAUGAAGUAUUUGGAGCAUACUGUUCCUCACGAUGGUACGAACGCAACUUAAAAGACGAUCGCGGGCAACGUCAAGCUUAUUUUGGUACCGGCGAGACUUUCCUCUUCUCCCUUUACCCCGAACGAGCGAAAUAUCCUUGGGUAGGCAUCGAAGGCGAUCAAAAUUUGGGCCACGGAUCCGAAUUAUUCAUGGCAGCAGAUUCCAAAAUGAUCACAGUUGGCGGAGGUGAGGGACAAGCAAUUUGGAUGGAUGAAAAUAUCCGCUUUGGCAAGACAGACAGUUGCAAGACAUUUAACAAUCCCCCGUUGUGUGCAUCCGGCGACUUUGAAAUACGCGUGUUGGAGGUUUAUGGAUUCAUUGGUGCGUAAAUUGCUAAAAAAAAUUGAGCGUAAGCACGAAAGAGAGCCAAAAUAUAAUCAAAGGAACAAAAACAUUUACUUCGUUAUUAUUAUUUUUUUUUUGUUUUUACAAACAUUAAUUAGGAUUAAAAUUAUUAAUUAAUUUAAAGAUGUAACAUAAUCAAAGCUUAAACGAACAAAAAAUGAAUUAUUAUAAUUUUGAAAGGAAAAAAUAAUUUUAUUUAGUAUUU